GCGGAAGUCCGCAAUCUGGCCGAGUCGCAUCGAUAAUCUGUUCCCGACUUGUCAGCGUGUGAGUGACGUUGCACUUCGAGCAGCCGUUUCUGAACAGCGAAGAUUUCUUGAAAAGACUGUUUGUUGCAUCAUUCCAAGUCUUCUCUUAAUACUAGUUUCAUUCAGAAGUGGACAGGAAUAAAUCAAAUCUGGGCCACAACGGCUAAAGUUAAGCGCUGCAGUAGUGCAGGCCGAAACAUCUGGUUGCACCGGCAUGGUUGCACAAUGUUGAUGACGACAACGUUGACGGAGUUGCAACCAGAAGUUUCAAGAAAUUUGAAGAAAGGCUUGGGCAGGGUUUUUUUUACCCAUUACACAAACUUCAUACCAGUAUAUUGCAUGAGUCACCUUGCUACCAACUCCCAUAUAUUUUGACAUUGGAAGAAAUCAUUGUGGUGUGAACAGUGCAUCAUGGGAGUAAAAGGACUUAGCUCUAUGAUUGAGCAGUAUCCGUCACUGUUCACAAAUCACUGCCUGCAUGAUGAGGGUCUUGUCAUAGACGGCUAUGCACUCCUGUUUUACCUGUAUUUUGAUCGCCCUCCGUGUGAUGAUGGGCAUCAUGGUGGAUGCUACGAGAACUUUUCAGCCAAGUGCAAGCUUUUCUUUCACAAUCUUGCCAAGUGUAAUGUUUCUCCUUAUCUGGUGUUUGAUGGAGCCAUGGAGAAGGACAACAAAAAGCUUGCAGAAACAAAGUCCAGGAGCCUGGAACGCAUCCGGACAGCUGUUGCUAUUUCUGGUGGCAGUGGUGGGAUAGCUGUGUCUCCCUGCAGUGUACUGGUAUUUAUCAAGGUGCUUGAUGAUCUUGGCAUUCCAUAUGUAUUUUGCGACUUUGAGGCUGAUGCUGAAACUGCAGUACUAGCCAAUGCUUGGAACUGUGUAGCAGCUUCGCGUGACAGUGACUUCUACAUCAUGGACCUAAGAGUUGGGUACUUGCCACUUGACUAUUUGGACUGGAAGAAUCCAAGAAAGACGAAGGCACCGGAAGCAGCGGCACAGUCCAGAAGGAGAAGGUGUAAAAUGUCAACUGAACCUUCAGCCAGUGAGCUGUACAUUGAGUGUAAGAAAUACAAACGUAGUGCACUGUGCAAAAUGUUCCAUGUCAAGCAGACAUUACUGCCAGUACUUGCCACUGCUGUUGGGAACGAUUACAAAGACACCUUUGGGGCCUCUCUUGACCCAUUCCACAGUUUUGUUCACUCCCAGUUCUCUCGGUCAAAAUCAGGCAGUAAGAGCCACAAUCAGAUUAUCAGCUACCUGUCCUGGCUGAGUGAGAAAGAGACCAUUGAGGAAGCUGUUGGAGACAUGGUCAGGCACGUGACAGGUGCCAACCUAGAGAAGCUGAAACGGCUCAUUGAUGCCUCACUUGAGAUGUACCAACUGUCAGACAGCGAACCUUUGGGACAUGUGUCUGGAGGUCUUGGGAAACCUGCCAAAAGCAAGUUGGCAGCAUUUGUCUCUGUACCGCCAUGGUUUGUUGUGCUGCUGAACGAGGGUAAAGUGUCGGCAUUGUGUGCUAAUGUCCUGUGCAACAAGAGGGUGUUCCUAACUGUUCAAGUGGAAGACCCUCUCCAACCUAGUGCUGGAAGAGCAUCACUCAACAUCAGAUCCGUCUUGUAUGGCAUCCUGCUCAAAGAGCAGAAGUCAGCCUCCAGGAGACAGCCAGUUGUUGAGGAGUAUGCGCAGUCCUUAGGAACGCUCAAAUACAGCACUGUGGAGCCAGUCUAUGAGAUGGCUAAAGAUGAUGAGCACAGGUUAGCCAUGCCGGGUCUGCAGGAUAUCCCAGCCAUGUCUGAGACUGAUCGCAGAGGUGUUCUCCUUGCCGCAGUGGAUGUUGAUGGCUCAGUCAUUAGUGGCAUUCCAGCCGUGUUCCAACUAGCCACCUGUGUGACAGUGUACUUGCUCAGUCAUGCAGACCCACCUGUCUACUCGGACCAUGCUUUAGCAGUGAUUGUGAGCUGGUUACAUGGAGUGGCAGCAAGCAGACAGAGACACAUCAGCAAGGGUGAAGCCACCCCGGAGCACCUGCAAAUGGACAUGGAAAACUCUGACGUGCAUGCCAUACUCCGAAACUGCAAGCCACAUGCAAAAAAGUACAAGGAAACCAGAAGGUUAGAUUCGGAAGUGAUCCAGGCAGUGGCACAGUGGCAGCAGUGCUUGCUGGACUUGGAGAACCUGAACAAACUCCUGCUCUGUCCCUAUAUGCAUCCUGACAUGGCAGUCCUAUACGAUGGGCCCCUGAUUCAUAGCUUCGUCCUGAUCCUGAAGUCGAUGACCAUGCGGGAGCAGCGGCUGUGGGUGGGUUCAGAGCUGCUGCGGGGUACAACGUCAAGGGUUCAGGCUUUGUUUGAUCAGCUCCUGGAGCCCUGUUGGCCCCUCCUCCUGCCAAGGCAAAAGACCAUUAGGGCCAAGAAGGGCAAGAGGGCACAAAGGGGUGCAUCUAGGCAGUCGUCAUCGGGCACUCCUGCUCAGAGCGGAGGAGCUGCUGGAGGUAAUGCAGAGGAAGAAAAUGACAAACUGGCUUACGGUGUCAGAGUUUUCAGCAGGUUUGCCCCACUUGGAUUGAGUGACAGGUGGGAUCCUAGUCAGUCAUGAAUGAAUCCUUCAAUAAACUUUGAUUUACACAUUCCAGUAUACAUCCACAUCCCAACCUUUGUGCUCAUUACUUCUGCUUACGCACUCGUAUGCAGUACCUACUUGUGUGGGAACAACUCAUUGUCUACUGAAAUAAAAGGGUGUUAGUUUUGAGGCUAAAGGAGACACAUUCAUGCUAUGGCUGUUGGCCUGUUUGUUUUAUACAGAUACGGAUCUCGAUCAGUGAUCCAGUGGUUCACAGACACUGGUACUCGCCCAGUGGAUGGAGCAUUGAGAUAACUGAUCGAGAUCCAGGUUUGUGUGAAACAAACAGGCUCUAUGAGGUGACUUCAUGAGUGGACAUUAGCCAUGGGCAAAGGUUUUUGACAAGUUGGCAGUUGUCAAGAUUUUUGUCCUUUUUUAUUUUGUUUUGGGAAGUCAUGUAACAUGCACCAUGUUCAUGCUAAAGUUUUCAGAAAAGUGUUCAUGUUUAGAGAAUGGGAAGUUAAUAUAUAGGUGCAAGACUUCUCAGUUUUUCUCAGUUGGUGGUGAUGGUCCUUUCCUGCAAAUUUACAUGUAAAUGUGUGCUGUCACGUGUACUUUAAAAGAUUUUAGGAUGCACUUUUGUUAAACCAUAUGGUCAGACAAAUACAUGUAUGUAGACUUAUAUGAAAAGUUUAAACUAAAACAGCCUCUGGUGAUGGCCAUAUUUGGAUUGUAGUAUCUAGCUUAUUAAAGAAUCACCAUUGCAAACACGUCCCAAACAGACGCAGUGAUUUUACCAACGUCGCUUAUACUGUUAUAAAUCAAUACCAAUUGUAAAUGAAUACUUUUAUCCAAAUGUCGCAACUUAAUGAUACAUACAAUUUUGGCUUGGAAAAUUUUAAAUUUCUAAAAGGAACCUUACUUUUUGGUGCUAGAAAGAAUUUGAAACCUUAACUCAUUUUAAGGCAUUGCAAAAGGAUUUGAAAGAAUUAUUAUAGAAGGUUUUUGUAAAAAAAAAUGUUGACCAUACAUUCGCUGGUGCAUGACAUCAUCAUGAAGUGAUAACGUUUCCUGCUGCCUUUGCCCAAACACAAAACAUGAACUGCAAACAUUCAAGCAAGAGGGGCUCUCUACAUUAUCCAUUCUUUCAGGCACAUUUGAUGUCUCUAGUGUUGUUUUGAGGUUCCAUCUUAAGGAGAUCUUAAACAUAUUGUUUUUUGUGAGUUGAAUGCCAGUUCUAACUUUAACCUAUAUAUUGAUUACAUAAUUUUGAUAAAUCACCUUCGAUACAACACUGAUCAGAUGAGGAGUAUACUGUAUGUGUACAUGUAUGCAAAUGUGUGUAUGAACUUUCUUAAUUUUUUAAAUCAUGGUAUAUUUAUAUAAUCGGUAAAAUUCAUGAUCAGUUGACUAUGCGGAAUAUUUUAAACAUAAUGUUAUCACAGUAUAGCAUGUUCUCCCGUGUUUUAACAUCCACGCUGCUUUUAAUUAACAUUUAAUAUCUGUGCAUUUCUAGUAUACGUCUGGAAAUUGUUAAAAAUUGGUCAUCCAUGCGUAGAAUUUCAUGUACCAAACAUGCUAUUUUCAGUGGGAGGCACUAGCAGUUGAGCCAAUCAGAUAAGUGUUGAACCAUAAAAAAAAACCGAUUGGAGAAGUAAUCAGAAAUUCUAUUAAAAAAACAAAACAAAAGACA